AUGAUCCCGAUCUUGAGGGAAUCAACCAUCAGCAACACCAUUUCCGAGCAUAAUUUUAAUCUAAACAACGGCAACAUUUUUUUGCAAAACACCAUAGGCAUGGCAAAAACAAUUUUAGAGCCUUAUCGCGUGGCGCGGGAAGUGUUAAGGCGCGGUGAUGAUGGUCAUCCAUCGCAUACGUGUUUGUAUUAUUUUCGUGCUUAUAUGCGGUUACUUGGACUUUGGCCAUUGCAACGCAGAGUGGAGCAGCCUCUAUACUACGGUUAUAAUGGGCUGCUAAUGACGCUUUUCGGUUUCUUUGUGCUUUAUUUGAUUCUCUUCAAAAUGUUUCUCUACCGCUCUAGCAUAGCCGAAAUCGACAGCAUAGUUAAUGAAUUUGAUACACUUCAUGCUAAGUAUGCGCAUGCGCUAUUACCAAAGAGCCAGAGUAAUCGCCGUAUACGGCAAUGGCAGCGCAAUUUCUUUAUCGGUGAAAUCGUUUUGACCACCGGUUUUUUUAUUUUAAGCUUCUUACUCUUUGCUGCUAUGAGCCUACAACCGUUAUUCUCCCACCAAACGUUACCUUUCAGAUCGAAAUAUCCUUUCGGGCUAGACAAUCGCGACGAGCAUCCCAUCGCCUUUGCUUGCAUCUAUGCAUUUCAAUGCUUCUGUGUGCUCUACAUGCUGGUGUCCAUAGUUGUGAUGGAUUCAUUGGGUGGAAAUUGUUUCAAUCAGACGACGCUGAAUUUACGUAUUUUAUGCGAGAACAUACGGAACAUACGUGGCGGCGCUACGGAAGAAGUUAUUUGGCAUGAGUUGAGAGUAACUGUGGAGUUUCAUCAGCAAAUUAUUGGGCUUAUUGAUCACCUCAAUGAUGUCUUCUAUUGGAAUUAUGUCUCACAAAUGGGCGCAAGCACUUUUAUGAUUUGCCUGACAGCAUUUGAGGCACUCCUAGCAAAGGAUCAGCCCAUGGUGGCAAUGAAAUUCCAGAUGUAUAUGUUCUCAGCAUUCAUGCAGCUAUUCUAUUGGUGCUCGAUGGGUAACAGGACCUACUAUGAAUCAAUGGAAGUAGCAACCGCCGCUUUUCAGGUACACACUUGGUACAAUCAUUCACCGCGCUUGCAACGCAAUCUGAUGUUUAUGAUUAAACGCGCUCAAAGGCCUUUAGAGUUUCGCGCAAAACCUUUUUUCGGAUUUACAUUUGCUUCGUUUACGAGCAUUCUGAGCACCUCAUAUUCAUAUUUUGCCUUGCUGCGCACAAUGAGUGAUUAAUUUUAUACAAAAUACGAAAACGAUGGAAUUAUAGUAUUCAGAGCCACGGAAUCAACAAAAAAUCGUUUAUAUUGAGAUCUUUAAUAAAAAAAAUUAUAAUAAUAAAU